ACCAAUUGCUGCUUUGAAGUGGUGUCGUCACAUAUUUUUGGGAAAUGUAGUUCGCGGGAUCCAUAUAAAUAAUGGAGAGAUCCAAUUUGACUUCCUCUUUAUCGUACUGGCCUGUGGAAGACAGGCACUUUGAUCCACCAUGCCCGUUGCCAGGAGUUGGGUUUGUCGCAAGACAUACGUCACCCCCCGCCGCCCCUUCGAGAAGUCUCGUCUUGACCAGGAGCUUAAACUUAUCGGGGAGUAUGGUCUGAGGAACAAGCGUGAGGUGUGGAGGGUGAAGUUCACCCUGGCCAAGAUUCGCAAGGCUGCCAGAGAGCUGCUCACUCUGGAUGAGAAGGACCCCAAGCGUCUUUUUGAAGGUAACGCCCUGCUCAGGCGUCUGGUGAGAAUCGGUGUGCUGGAUGAGGGCAAGAUGAAGCUCGAUUACAUCCUGGGCCUGAAGGUGGAGGACUUCUUGGAGAGGAGGCUCCAGACGCAGGUCUUCAAGCUGGGCCUUGCUAAGAGCAUCCACCACGCCCGCGUUCUCAUCCGCCAGAGGCACAUCCGUGUGCGCAAGCAGGUGGUCAACAUCCCCUCCUUCGUGGUGCGCCUGGACAGCCAGAAGCACAUUGACUUCUCCCUGCGUUCACCAUACGGUGGCGGACGCCCCGGCCGAGUCAAGAGAAAGAAUGCCAAGAAGGGCCAGGGUGGUGCUGGGGGAGCUGAUGAGGAAGAGGAGGAUUAAAAUGGAGGCUGACUGGGUGUGUUCGUGUCUGGCACUUCCUGUUUUUCAAUAAUAAAAACAUUAUUUGACCACAAA